AAAAGGAACCUCUCCGGAGAAGUGAAUUCAUUGAGCAAGAAGCAGCGCUACCCCCGCAUACAUGCAGAAUAAUGAAGCGGUAUGGACUUAAGGAAUAAGGGGCUUAGGAGAGCAGUACCAGACAACGCCAACUACUACUCUGCAGAUCUUUGCCUUUACCAGAUGCCUUCAAUGCGAUUUUUAAUUACAGAAUCUGAGGGGUGAAACGCAGCUCGUUUCCAGUGAUGCAUUAGGCAAGUGUAAAUAUGUUUAGAUAAGUAAUUUUGGAAAGUUGUUUUUUUUUAAUAUAAAGACUUUCGUUUUUUUAUCGGACAUUCUGGGGAUCAGUUCACACUUAUUCCUGCAAAACUUCUUUAACCGAGACGACAAGUUAAUUUUCUGCUUUUUUUGUACUUUAAGAUGUUCUCGUACCAAAUGUAUAUUAGUUUCCUGGUUCUCUUGUGCCUUGUUGGGAUACCCCGAGCCGCGGCGGCGCCGUGCGAGCCCGUCCGGAUUCCGAUGUGCAAGUCGAUGCCUUGGAACAUGACCAAGAUGCCCAACCACCUCCACCACAGCACCCAGGCAAACGCGAUGCUGGCCAUCGAGCAGUUCGAGGGACUGCUUGGGACCAGGUGUAGUCCGGUCCUACUGUUUUAUCUCUGCGCCAUGUACGGUCCCAUCUGCACCCCUGAGUUCCAGCAGGAGCCCAUAAAGCCGUGCAAGUCGGUGUGCGAGCGGGCCAAGUCCGGCUGUGAGCCGGUCAUGAAGCAGUACAACCACACAUGGCCAGAGAGCCUGGCGUGCGACGAACUGCCCGUCUACGAUCGCGGGGUCUGCAUCGCUCCGGAGGCGAUAGUGCAAGUGCAGGAAGCGCCAGAUCGAUGCAAAUGCAGGGGAGUAAAACUAAGUUACAAGACAUACACGAAGAACAAUUAUAAUUAUGUAAUUCGAGCAAAAGUCAAGGAAAUACGAAGUCGGAAUCACGAUCUCAGCGCUAUCGUGGAGGUCAAAGAUAUUCUGAAGUCAUCCCUCGUCAACAUCCCCCGCGACACGGUGACGCUGUACUACAACUCAGGAUGCCCGUGUCCCCCUCUCACCCCCAGCGAGGAGUACAUGAUCAUGGGCUACGAGAGCGAGGAGCAGUCCAGGUUAUUGCUUAUCGAAGGUUCGAUUGCUCAGAAGUGGAAGGAUCGAAUUGGGCGGAGAGUGAAGGUUUGGGAUCGCACGAAUGGCAUGAGGGGGAGUCGUCGCUGACGUCGCCCCCUGGGGGCCGAACAGACGUCAGUCCAAAGAUGACACGUUUGAAACAUCAACUUAAGAAUUUGCACUAUUGCACACUCUUGUUUCUUGUUAAAUCGUUGCCACAUUAAUUGAACUUUAGUUGAAUGUAGAUAAUUUUUUUUCUUUUGUCAUUCCUACUCUGCAUUUCAUUACUUUGCCGUCACAUGAAGGUAGUGUUAACCCAAAAGGCACUGUGUACAGUUUGAGAGUGGAGCCGGAUGUGGGAUUUAGUAUAAAAGUUAUAAAAGUGAGGCUUUCACGAGAUGGGGGGGGGGGCAUGACACUGGGGAUUUCACAAAGAGGGAGGCUGGACACCUCCUCUGUGAUGGACCACCGGCUGCUCUGGACAUUUCCGUGAUAUCAGAGCGGUUCCCAGACGUUCCUAAGGCACUCAGAUGAGAAACAGGCAUGCCAUAAACAGUUUGGGGGGGGGGGGGAGUGAAGGGACAGUGGCGCAGCACAGGGGCAAUUCUAGGAUUUUUAAAGUGGAGAGCAUAAAAGAGGCCAGCCUUAUCAUUAGCCUUUUUUGAAUCAGUGAGUGUUUUGAAUCGGUGAGUGAAAGGGGAGGGGGCCAAUCAGCUUUAAGCUGGAGGCGAGGCCCCACCCUGUAGUGGGCGGAGCUUCUCAGAAAGAGGCCGGUGGUCCUCACUGAGAGAUGUUCACUUUAACAUCACUCUUGUUACUUUCAAGCGUACCCAUGAGUACUUUCUUCAAGGUCUACGUGGGAAAUUAUACAAGCUUUGCCACCUUUGGACGGUUCAGUCCAGUUUUUCUUUCACUUCCGUUUGUAUCUGCGCUGCCUCCUUUGUUAUACUCAGCUUUAACUGUGAAGCAUCACUCCAUCGCCGCCUGUCGUUUGAUUUUAUAUUAUGCAGCACAUAUUGGGGGAGGGGGGGGGGUCUUCUGGUGAAGAGCCAAAACCAGUGAGCCGAGAAAGACCUCAGCACUUGUCAAACAAAUGACAGCAAUGUGUAAUUCUCCCUACUUCUAUAUUACAGCGAUUGAUAUGCCGUUUAUAAUUGAAACGCACUACUUCACAAGUGUUUACGAGGACGAUGGUUCCCAGUAGCGUGGUGAGAGAGGCCCGUGACUUGGCAUCGAGUUGCAGGCGGUUCCUCUACACAUGUGAUCCGGACCAAGGCACCUAACCAGAACCGCUUCAGUGUACUCCAGCUCUAUAAAUGGGUUAACCGCUGUAAACCAUGUAAGUUGCUGUGGAUAAAACGAUUUAUAUAAUGAAUGAUGCAUCAAUAAAAUGACUUUAUAUAGUGCAAA